AUGGCAGCAUAUUAUACAUAUAAUUUUUUACCUCCAAUAUCAUCAGAUUUUGAUUCUCUUUUACAUGAUUUUGAACAAGAACCUAAUCAUGAUUAUCAAUCAUUUGCAUGUGUAUGGCGAAAACAUAAACUUGAAUUACUUUUUAAAUCUGCAGAUAUUCAACCAAAUUCAUUUCGAUUUUUUCUUGAUGACUCAAUGACAGUAGCUGCUGCUUAUCUGGGCGAACCAUGGCGUUUACCUAUACAACUCGGUGCACUCUAUUGUUUAUUUACAAUAUAUAUGUAUCAAAUAGAAGAACCAAAAGUUAAAAUUCGAUUAACUAUAGAUACAUGGAAUUCAUUUCUUGAUCAAAUAGAAUCAUCAACAGUUGUACCAUCGGAUGCUAAAAUUAUUUUAUGUAAACUAAUUAAUGAACAUGCUUUUGUUAUUAGUGCAACACGACAUGAGAUGGGUCCUCGAUUUUUUACUAAAAUAAAUUAUAUGAAAUCGGGUAAAUAUAUGCGUUCAGAUGUAUUACUUUCAUCACGUUUAAAUAUUGAUGAAAAACUAAUAAAGAUAUGUGAAGAAACACAUAAUUUAUAUACAAAAGCAAAAGAUAGUUUAGUUGAAGCCUAUGGUGGUAUUGAUAGUUUACCAGAAGAAUUUACAUCAAUUCGACCAAAUUUUAUCGAACAAUUAAAAAAAAGUUUCGAUAUAGAAAAACUUGAUGAACAAACAGAAAUAGAACCAGAGCCAGAACCUGAAAUAGUAACUAAACGUCGAUCAUCAAUUGGUGAAUCUCGAAGUCGAAUUCGAGCUAAAGCUGAAAUGACUGAUCGUUCAACAGCAAAAGCUUCUAUUAAAGAUGAAUAUAUGCAGGACGAUGAUAAUGAUGACGAUGAAUAUAAUCAGUUGAUGUCUAUGAAUACUAAUGAUGAUGAUGAUGAUGAUAAUAUUUUAAAUAAAAAAAAAAUAACUAUGACAACAAGUCAUUCAAUACCGGUACUUAUGCGUAUACUUUCGGCAUCAUUAACAUUAGCAAAACGAGCUGGUCAAUUAAUAAAAGAUGUACAAAUGUCUGGUAGUCUUGAUAUUGUUGAAAAAGGACAUAAUGAUCCACAAACAAUAGCUGAUCGAGCUUCUCAACAAUUAAUUAUUUCAACAUUGACAAAACAUUUUCCACAAUUAACUAUUCGUGGAGAAGAAAAUAUUAAAAUUGAAAAUUCUGAAAUAUCAGAUAUUAAUGAUUUAAUUAAUGUGAAUUUAAAUGAAGUUUUACAAGCACCAUGUCCAAAUGAAUUUCGAGAAUUACAAGAAAAAGAUCUUGUUGUAUGGGUUGAUCCAUUAGAUGGAACACGAGAAUUUACUGAAGGUCGAUUAGAAGGUGUAACUGUAUUAAUUGGUUUUGCUACUCAAGGUAACGCUAUUGGUGGUAUUAUUCAUCAACCAUUCUAUACUGAUGGCAAUGAACAUGGACGUAGUAUAUGGGGACUUGUAAAUUCUGGUGUUUAUGGAAAAUAUAUACGUAAUAAUAACCCAUUACCUGGUCGUAUUAUUGCUGGAAGUUUAUCUCAUCGUUCAAAAACUGUUAUAGAUGCUGUAAAUGCAUGCCAACCUACUGAAGUUUUACAAGCUGGUGGUUGUGGAUAUAAAGUUUUGCUUGUACUUGAACGUCGUGUUCAUGCUUAUGUACAUGCAUCACGUGGUUGUAGCCUUUGGGAUACAUGUGCACCAGAAGCUAUUUUAAGAGCAGCUGGUGGUAUGUUAACUGAUAUUCAGGGUAAUAAAAUAUUGUAUUUACCAACAAAUGAAACAUAUAUAAAAACUGGUGUUUUGGCAACAAUGGAGAAUCAUGAAUGGUAUGCACAACAAAUUCGAGAAAAACUUCCGACGUUGUAA